AAUAUUGAAUAGGUAAAUUCUUAUCAAUCGAGUGCAAGUCAGCUCACAACGUCGACGUCAACUGUGUCUUUGUUUAGAUAAACAUUUAAGAUGGCUAAGAUAUCAGAUCUAAUUAAAAGCAAGAAAGAAUUUUCAUUCUCCUUCGAAGUAUCUCCUGGUCUAUUAGAAGACACUGUAGACCAUCUCACAGUGGAACCAUUAUUUUAUUCCAUAACUUGGCACGCAAAGGGACAUCAGAAUAAGGACAUGGAUACUGGACCUUUAAAAUUAGCUCGGGAUCUGAAGAUGAAGGGAAAAAAUGUCCUAUUGCAUAUGUCGUGUGAUUUGCUGAGGAAAGAGUAUUUGGAUCGAGUGCUGAAAAUGCUGCAAGAAGAGGGCAUUCCUAAUUUAUUCUUGAUUUUGGGAGAAAAAUAUGAUCCCACCACAUCAGAUUUUGCGUCUACGAUACAUUUGAUAAAAUAUAUAAGACUACACUCAAGUGACUAUUUUUGUAUAGCUGUCGCAGGCGACCUCGGAAGCGGCGAACAAAGACUUCAGAGCCUAAAAGAAAAAAUAAAUGCAGGAGCUGAUUUUAUUAUUACUCAAGCAUUUUUUGAUCCAAUACAAUAUAAAAAUUUUUAUAUAGAGUGUAGAAAAAUUGGAAUCGAAGUUCCGAUAGUUCCCGGAAUAUUUUAUUUCGAAAAUAAAAAACAGUUGGACAGUUUCAUAAAUCUCUGUAAAAUCAAAAUAUCCUCUGAAUUAAUACAAAAAGUUGAAAACUACAAUCUUGAAGAAAACCUUGGUGCAAAAGUGACGAAAGAUAUAAUUGAUGAUAUAAACAAGGAUAGGUUUCAACAUUUUCAUUUUUUUACUUUGAAUAAGUUAGAAAGUGUUAGCAAUUUCAUUCAGAAACAUUUCUAAUACUAAUAAAGCCAAUUUACAAUC